AUGACAGACUUCCGCGAGCAUGCUGCUCUUUGCACGUGCGAAAAUGUACUGGCAUUAGGGUCCGACAUCCGCUUCAACCACAUCCAAGUCAUCGGCACGCACAACUCGUACCACCGCGAGAUAUCCUUAGCCGAGCGCAAAUUCUUUGAAGACAUAAUGCCCUCUUUGGGGCAACUUUUCUCGGUACAGGACUUAUACUAUUCCCACGCCGAGCUAUACAACCAGCUAGAAUACCAAUCCGUCCGCUCCUUCGAACUAGACCUGUAUUCUGACGAAAAAGGUGGUCUAUAUUAUCCUCCCUUGACCUGGAAAUACGCGAACAUCACCACAACGCCGUUCGACGGCGAGGUCCUCGAGAAACCGGGGAUCAAAAUCUUUCACAUUACGGAUGUCGAUACGGACGCCGUUUGUCACACCUUUAUCGAGUGUCUUCAGCAGAUCAAAACCUGGUCAGAUAACCACCCCUACCAUGUCCCUAUCACCAUCGACCUAGAACUGAAAACCGACGUUCUCGCACGCAAUCUCAGCCGUUUUGGCCCGGGGAAAGCUGAGAACUGGACCUUACCACGCAUCCUCAGUGUCGACGCCGAAAUCCUCUCCGUUUUCCCGCGCAAGCAGCUCCUCCGCCCAGACGACGUGCGCCAACCAGGCCUUACUCUCGAACAAUCCAUCCUAACACACGGCUGGCCCAGUCUCGACUCUGUCCGCGGCCGCAUCCUCUUCUUCUUCGACAACGAUCCUAAGCCGUCCGACCCGAACUCCCCCCGCGAACUCUACACUGCGGGUGCACUCAGUCUAGAGAACCGCACCGUGUUCACGAACGCACUUGAAGGCGCACCCGACGCUGCGUUUGUUAAGUACAACGAGCCGCGGAAUGCGACAAACACGGCGGAAAUCCAGCGUCUAGUGCGCAAAGGUUACCUCGUGCGUACGCGCGCUGAUGUACCGAUUGCCACGGUGCUAAACCGCAGUAUUGAGAUGAGAGAGGCCGCGUUGGCGAGCGGCGCCCAGAUCGUGAGUACGGAUUACCCUGCUUGGGGCAUGAGCUCGAGGUGGGGAUGGGAUUAUGUGGCGAGGCUGCCUAGGGGGAGACCUGCCAGGUGUAAUCCGAUAAUUGCGUCGAAGUUGUGUAGGGAUGGCGAAUUGGAGUAG